UUACAGAUGGAUCCUCUGUUGAACGGGUCAUAUGUACAUUACGGUAUGGGAUUGCCCACGUCGGCGUACGCCACCGGAGCGAUGUCGACGAAAUCAUAUAAUGGUAACACUUCCGAACAUUCGGCUGAUCCUUCAUCGUCGAGUUCACCUGGUGUAGCACCAAAUAUGAAUAUUCUGCUCACGAUUCGACUGCUCAUGCAAGGAAAAGAAGUUGGAAGUAUAAUCGGUAAACGUGGUGAUCAAAUCAAACGGAUUCGAGAAGAAUCUGGUGCAAAAAUCAAUAUAUCAGAUGGUUCAUGUCCAGAACGUAUAGUGACUAUUACUGGAAGUUUAGCGACAAUAAAUAAAGCAUUUGCUAUGAUCUCCAAUAAAUUUGAAGAGGAUAUGCGUGCCCUACCAAACUCAGUUCCAAAACCGCCGAUCACGAUGCGGUUAAUCGUUCCAGCAACACAAUGCGGUUCACUUAUAGGAAAAAGCGGCUCAAAAAUUAAGGAGAUUCGAGAGGCUACUGGAGCAUCUAUCCAAGUUGCAUCUGAGAUGUUGCCACAAUCUACGGAACGUGCUGUUACCGUAUCCGGUACUGCUGACGCAAUAAAUUUGUGUAUAGGACAAGUUUGUCAAAUAUUGCUAGAGGCCCCGCCCAAAGGUGCCACAUUACCGUAUCGGCCGAAACCGACCUUCAAUUCAUUGCUAGUGGCUAGUUCCGCAGCAGCAGCUGCUGCAGCUCAACAACAACAGCUUGCUGCUUUGUUGCAACCGAGUUUUCUGCAACAGGCCCAGCUUGCUCAACUUUUCCCUCCCGAGCUGGCGCGUGGUGUUCCAGCGUCGGCGCAAUAUGGGCCGGCCUCCGCCUUCCUUCCCGCUCCUACCCUCAAUCCCCAAGUCUUUGGCGGCUUGUUUCUGACCGGUGCCGGAGCAUAUCCGACUAAUCAACAAGGUACCGUUGGUAACGGAAUGCCGGAUCCGUCAAAGACGAAUGCGAUAACUGGAUUAUGGAAUGAAGAACGACAGUUGGAGCUGAUCAACCAAUAUGCAGCACUCAACAGCAGUGUGUUGAUGGGAGCACCGCUGCUCAAAGGUGCCAAUUCACCGGCUGGUUCUGCUCACAAGGCAAGUGGAGCACGGUUCACACCCUACUAACAGCAAAGUGUUACGUCGUCAACGUCAUGCGUCGUCUUCCGUGCCGUAUACGCCACACUACCACACUUGCGUCGUUGUGCUGCGCUUCGCUUUUGCGGUGUUGCGCGCACGCACGCUAGCUCGCUCUCACUGCAGUCUGUGUUAUUGAUUUCUAUUCUUUUCGUAAAUGUAUAGUCCAUGUUAUCUGAUAAUAAGUUUUUAUUCCUCU